AUGGCCGUCCCCGGAAUCGUCAUCCGCCUCAGCGACACACUCGCAACCAGCGCCCCCUCCUUGCCCAACACAGAGGCAGCCUACAUCCUCAGCGCAGGUGAUUCUGAGACACCCAAAAAUGCCACAAUCUAUUUCCUCAGCGACACCGCCCCCGUCACCGCGUCUGCAAGUCUCUACGAAUCCGAUACUGCUAACACCCCAACACCACCUUCCUGGAUCGUCUGCAAGUUCAUCAACGGCCGCGAUGCCAGCAAUCCGGGUGGUGCACCACAAACCAACCCUCACCGACUCCCAACACACCCUGCACACGGCUCAACCAUCGUCGUAAACGGAUCCACGCCUCGCCCAGAUAAGGAAGCCGACUACCACGCCUGGUACGACCAAGAACACGGCGGCAAACUGGCUUUGGUACCAGGAUGGAAUGCAAUGAGACGCUAUGCGCUCGUGAAGGUGUACGGCGACGUCGAGACGGCGAACUUUUACGGUGUCAACUUCUACGACGAGGUGAACGGGCUCGGGGGUCCGGAGUGGAAGGCCGGUGUUACAGAGUGGACAUUGAAGAUCAGGGAUAAUGCGGCGAAGCCGAAUAUUAGGAGGGUCUGGAGAAUUGAGGGGGUGAUCGAGUAG